UGACAAAGUAGCACGGAGUGACGAUGCGCAUUGCCAGAGCGGAAGCGCUCCUUUGCCAGAGAUGGGGCGAUGAGGGCCUCCAGAUCACCUCGCGCAGCUCGCCCCCGCGGCGGCGAUUGGCCCGGAUGCCACGUGGCGCAUGGGGCCGCGCCCUGGAUCCUGGGCUUGCAGGACCUGCAGUCAGCGGGCUUCGAAUCAGAAGAUCUCCCAGACAUCUCCAUAGAUCCCGAGGACAAGGUUCUCAGCGUGUUUAACUCGACCGAAGAGGAGCGGUGCUAUUGCCUCUCCCUGGCUGCAGCUGCUCGUGGCCGGGCGCCCCUGCAUCAUUCAGGAGCAAGCAGCAAGCCAACCAACUCGGCGAAAUCAUCGCACCGAGGAAGCAUUAAGGAGAUCAUCGCCUUUGUGCUGGUGCUGCCGGCGAAGAGCGUGAUGGACGUGUGCAAGCUCCGAGGGCCCGCGGCAAAGGACGUACUCACUUUGGAGCUUCAGUCAGACAUUGUGACAUUGCAGCCGCCGCCCCCGUUGCUGGCAGGCUUCUCCUACGGCUUCCCUUUGGCCGGCGGACCUUUCCUCUGCUCGCAAGGCCACGGCGGGAAGCUCACGCACUUUGCGCAUCCGUCGACGUUCUACGCCUUGGACUUCGACUGCCCGGUGGGGACUGCCGUGCUGGCCAUGGAGGAUGGCACGGUCACUGAAGUGCGGCAGUCGGACACGGUGUCAGGCAUCGACGUGCGCAACUUCUUCAAAUGGAACCAGGUCACCGUGAAGCAGUCAGACGGCACGUGGGCGGAGUAUGUGCACGUGGAGGCCAACAGCGCCCAGGUGGGAGUCGGCAGUCAGGUGCGCCGCGGCCAAGUCUUGGCGCGCAGUGGCGACGUGGGGUUUUGCCCCACCGCCCACCUUCAUGUGGAGCUGCACCUGUCCGACGAGCCGAAAGCGCCUUCCGUGCCCUUCGGCUUCCGGACGGCCCAGGGCGAAUUCCGCUGCGAGGAGGGCAAGUGGUACGCGGCAGAGGGCGAGUGCGAAAGAGGCGCAGCGCCCGAGCACGCUGCCUGCGUCUUCUUUGGUCAAGUCAGAAGCUGUUCUGUGGCCAAGUUUGGCCCAAGCCAUGAAGCAACGUCGAAUGCUCAUCCUUGA